AUCUAGAGGUUAAAAGGCCCAGUUCAAAGGUUGAUAUAAAACUGGUGACUGAGACUGAAGGCCUACAAACUAGCCUACAUACUAGGACAUAGUCCAUAGUACUUACAAGUCUACCGAUAUUCCUAGAUUAACUGGAACGAAUCUUCAAGAAGCACUAACACUUGUUACAAAAUGGAAAAGAUAAAGGGAGGACCAGUAGUGGAGAUGCAGGGAGAUGAAAUGACACGCAUCAUUUGGGAUGUCAUUAAGGAGAAACUUAUUCUUCCAUUUGUUGACCUGGAGUUGCACUCAUAUGACCUUGGCAUUGAGAACCGUGAUGCCACAAAUGAUCAAGUGACAGUUGAUGCUGCUGAGGCAAUAAAACAGUACAAUGUAGGGAUCAAGUGUGCGACCAUUACUCCUGAUGAAAAGAGAGUUGAAGAGUUUAAACUGAAACAGAUGUGGAAGUCUCCAAAUGGAACAAUACGUAAUAUCCUGGGGGGUACCGUAUUCCGUGAGGCUAUUAUCUGCAAGAACAUUCCUCGAUUAGUUCCAGGCUGGACCAAAAGUAUUAUCAUUGGUCGUCAUGCCUACGGGGAUCAGUAUCGUGCCACAGACUUUGUUGUGCCUGGUCCAGGGGAGGUCACUAUGAAGUUCACCCCCAGCAGUGGAGGAGCACCAGUAGAAUACACUGUUUUUGACUUCAAGGAGUCAGGGGGUGUGGCCAUGGGCAUGUACAACACUGACAAGAGCAUUACAGACUUCGCUCACAGCUCUUUUCAGUUUGCCUUACAGAAAGGUUGGCCACUCUAUCUUAGUACAAAAAAUACUAUUUUGAAACGCUAUGAUGGAAGAUUCAAGGAUAUAUUCCAAGAUAUAUAUGAAAGAGAGUACAAAAAGCAGUUUGAAGAAAAAGGCAUUUGGUAUGAACAUCGGUUGAUUGACGACAUGGUAGCCUACUGCAUGAAAUCUGAAGGUGGCUUUGUGUGGGCCUGUAAGAAUUAUGAUGGUGAUGUCCAGUCUGAUUCUGUAGCUCAAGGUUUUGGAUCUCUGGGUAUGAUGACCAGUGUACUGAUCUGCCCAGAUGGGAAAACAGUGGAAGCCGAGGCCGCACACGGCACAGUCACCCGCCAUUACAGGUUCUACCAGCAAGGCAAAGAGACAUCCACCAACUCUAUUGCUUCCAUAUUUGCCUGGACGCGAGGCCUGGCCCACAGAGCCAAGCUAGAUGACAACACUGACCUGUCCAAGUUUGCUGAGACCCUGGAGGCUGUGUGUGUGGAGACCAUUGAGUCGGGGGUCAUGACCAAAGAUCUGGCUAUCUGCAUCAAGGGCAUGAAUGAUGUGACCCGCACAGAUUAUCAGGACACGUUUGAGUUUCUUGAUACUGUGGCAGAAAAUCUGAAGAAGAAGCUCCAGGCUAGUUGACUACAGCAGGUGGCGGAUUCUUCAAGCUCCAGAAGCAGUAAAUUAUAGCCAGAUUUGUCCAAUUAGCAGUUUAAUUAUUUUUGUAAGCCUUAAUUAACUUAAUAAGAUUAUAUUAUGAUUUUAACAAAUGAUUGUUUCAAAUUGAAAUCUCUAUAAUUAAGUCUAAUUGACUUGUGCACUGUGCCAUCGUUAGAAUAUUCUCAUGGAAAUGGCAGCACCACUGUUAAGAAUGUUUUACUCAUACACUGUAAUCAAUUUUUUAAAAACUUAUUCUAAAACUUUACUGCUCUCAGCAUUGUUGAUACACUUAAAUUAUUUAAUUAUUUAUUUAUUUUUUUGGUACUUAAAAGAACAAUGGGGAAGUUUUUUUAAAAUUUCAAAUGUUUGCAUUUUAUUGAGCUUAUGUUUAAACUUGUGAUGUGUGAUCAUAUGUGAUGUUUUUGAGAACAUCUUGGUGUCACUUUUGUGAAUAUUACCGGUGUGUGAUUUUAAAAAAAAAAUGGCAUUUAAAAAAAUUAUUUUAUAACAAUCGUGCCUUCUAUUUUUAUCCUUCAGAUAAAUGCAUUUACAUUUUUAAUUGCCAAGUUCAAACUAGAAGCCAUCUAUAAGCCGGUGAAAUUUUAUAAUCUGUUUGGGCUUUAAUUUAUCAGGUUUUUUUACUAGUAGUGUGAUCUUAAUAGUUUUCACACCAAUGGAACCAAAGAUUUUAAACUGCUUUUAUUUUGUGUUAUCAAUUUUGUAUUUGAGCAAGGUCUCAUGUGUACCUAUGUUGCUCAGUAUAUGUUAGUGGAAUGUUUUUUCUGGUUUCUUCUAAUAAAUUCACUGAAUUAACA